UUCUCUCAGGAACGACAAUGAUGAAAGCCAGGACGCGAACCCCCUCGAAGAGAUAGCAGCUUCUUUAACCAAAAACGUUGCGCAAAUCCAAGAUGACCUUUAUGAACAGGACGGUUUCCAUGACAGGUUAUCCUGUCUAGCGCAAACUUACGUCGAAAACGCUGACGAUUUGGAAUCCCUACGUAAGGAGAACGCUCAGCUCCGAGAAGAGGUACAACUACUCAAAUCUAUAGUCAUAAGUUUAGAUCGCAAAGUAUCUCAAAACCAAAACGACAUUGUCGAUUUGAAGUCAAGAUCCAUGAAAUACAACCUCAUGAUCCACAAUUUAGCAGAGGAAGACGGAGAGAACCUCUUUGUCAAAAUACCAAAACUAAUAAAAGAACACUUUGGAAUAAAUACCGAAUUCAGCAACAUCCACAGGAAUGGUUGGAACAAACAAGACAAGACAAGACAAGACAAGCCACGCUCUAUCACAGGCAAACUCAUUAACUUUUCUGAUAAAGAGAAAAUUUUGAGCGCACAACGAGAGAGGAAAGACAGAACCCCCAAACUGCCAUUUUUCAUAACCCCACAACAACCCAUUCAAAUAACUGAAAACCGCAAAAAGUUGAUCGAGGUGAGUAACAAGUACAAAGAAGAUAACGUCCGCACACGUAUCCUGGGAAAUAAACUUGUUUUCCAAAACGGAACAGUCUAUCGAGACAAAGUCAUGAAACCAAGAGCAGAAGACAUCCUCCUGAUAGACGAUGACGAGAAACAGAAGACCGAGUCCCUAGAAGUCGUGAGUAGUGAUCCGGUUACUGAAGCAGGUAACAAAUUCACCGCAACAGCUGCCGCAGUCAAUACUUACGCGAACAUCCGAGCCUUCUACAAGAAAGUAGUGAGCGUCCCAGACUGCGCCAGAGCGGAUCACAACAUUCUUGUGUACCGAUUUCGAGAUAAAUCUGGCCUGAUCCACGAGGACUACCAGGAUGAUGGCGAAUACGGCGCUGGUCGCAAAAUACUCGGUGCCUUGCGCGACAACAACAUAGAGAACGCGGCCGUCGUUGUCACUAGACUCUUUGCAAAACACGUUGGAUUGCGGCGCUUCUCCAUUAUGGAAAAUGUAGCGAUUGAUGCACUGCGCAAACUGAGUGAUUAAUUGGUAUACUUUACUUGGGUGAGAUACUGACAAAACUAUUACUUUAUUUUUGUCUACUUAAUUGUAUUCACAUGCACUUCUAUUGCACAAACCAGACUUCGAAUGCCUCGUGCUGAUAUUUAAAUCUUAUUUAUUUAUUAUUUUAUUUACAUACUUAUAUUAUUUAUAUGUAUAUAUAUACAUAUAUAUACAUAAUCUUGUAUCGAUACAGGUAUCAUUUAUUUAAGUUUAUCAUUAAUCCGGGAUUUUUAGUUCCCCAUCUAUACCUACUCGGUCCGCCUUUUCGGAUAUCCGAGCUUCUAUUUUUGGUUUUUUUUUAUAGUCAUGUUGAUGUUUCCGAUAUUGAGUAUACACAUGUUUUGUUUUCUGUAACGGCAUACACAUUUAUCAGGAAUAUUGAAUUGGUAAAGCUCAAAUAAAUAUUCAACACGACAUUAUCAAGUAAGUCGCAGAGCUACAUUUAAAAUGUGUCAUAUACAUUUUGUUGUAAAUAUUCUCUUCUUGUUAAUUUUUCUUUCCAUCUCUUUUUGCACCCCCUUUCCGUUUUUGUUUGUAUUGGUUCAAUGUCUGGUAUGUAGACAUAUUAUCCUCAACAUUUAUGCAUUUAUUCAAUAUUUUUUAGUAAAGAAAACACACAACAAUAUCUAUGAAUCAGAAUCUUAAUUUUUCUCUACUUUCUUUAAAUGUCAAUGGUCUAGGAGCUACCUUAAAAAGAAACUGUGUCUUUAAUUGGUUAAAGUUAAACUACAAAAAUCAUUUUGUUUUUUUACAAGAAACCCAUACCACACCAAGUGUUGUCCCCACGUGGGAAAAAGAGUGGGGUUCCAGAAUAUUGUUCUCACAUGGUUUAUCAAAUAAAUGUGGUGUAGCAAUCUUAACACCUCAAAAUUUAGAUUUUAAAGUUACGGAUACAUUCACUGAUGAGGAAGGACGAUUUUUAAAACUAACUACAAACAUCAAUGAGACCCUCUUUUAUUUUAUCAAUAUAUAUGCACCAACUAAAGAUCAUAAAACUAAACAAAAUCAGUUUCUUGAUUUCAUGUUGAAUCAUUUGUCUGAAAUUUGUGAUGAAAAUAUUUUAAUAGGAGGAGACUUUAAUAUCACUUUAAACCCAGAAUUUGACAAAAAAGGAGGUACCAGUGAACCACAUUCUACUUAUAGAGAAAAUCUAAAAGGUUUUAUGGACACGCACGAUUUAGUAGACAUCUGGAGAAGCCAGCAUCAUGAUGCUAAGUUAUUUACCUAUUUUCAAAAGAAACCGAUUAUUUUAUCAAGAAUAGAUUUUUGGCUAGUUCCAUCUUUCUUAUCCCCUUUUAUAAAAGCAGACAUUAAACACUCAAUUAGAUCAGAUCAUAGUCUUAUCUUAUUGCAAAUUAAUAGUGCUUCAAAUUCUAAGAGAGGGCCAGGCUUUUGGAAAUUUAAUGCCUCCUUACUGGAAGAUAAUGUUUUUGUAAAUCACAUGCAUGAAAAUAUAAAUACUCUAAAGCAAAAAUAUAAAGACACGGAAGAUAAACAUCUUAAAUGGGAUUCUAUAAAAUGUGAACUCCGAGGAAUUAUAAUUAAAUACUCAAAAAUAAAAGCUGGGAAAGAAAGAGAAAGGGAAAAAGAACUAAAUAAAAAACUUGAAUCACAAACGCAGUUGAUUGUUUUACAACCCUCACCUAAAAAUCUCAAUCAGUACCAAGAAUGGAAAAAUGAAUUAGAAGAGAUAUAUAACAGUAAAACUAAAGGUAUCAUGUUAAGAUCUCAUGCAAAAUGGUGCGAAGAAGGAGAAAAAUCAACAAAAUAUUUUCUAUCCCUUGAGAAAAGAAAUUAUAAAAAUAAGCGUAUAGAUAAACUUGUAGUAAACAAUACAAUUCUGACAGAUAUAAAAGUUAUACUAGAAGAAGAAAAAACUUAUUAUCAGAAUUUAUAUAAAUCAUCUGAAAUAAAUGUAACUAAAAAUGAAUUAACCUUUUUCAAUAAUUUAAAUAUUCCUAGAAUAUCUGAACAAGAGACAAAGAAAUGUGAAGGUGAAAUUAAGGAAUCAGAAUGUCUUAAAAUUCUAUCCGACUUCAAACUUAAUAAAACCCCAGGAACCGAUGGCUUUCAGGUAGAGUUUUAUAAAUAUUUUUGGAGUGAUAUCAAAGACUUAGUUCUUGAAAGUAUAAAUUUCUCCAUUAAAAAAAAGUGUAUGUCAUAUGAUCAAAGAAAGGGUGUCAUCACUCUAGUACCCAAAAAGGAUAAAGACAGAACUAAUUUAAAAAACUGGAGGCCUAUAUCCCUUCUAAAUUUUGACUAUAAAUUAGUGGCAAAGGUGUUAGCUAACAGAAUCAUUGACAGUUUACCAAAAUUAAUUGAUCCUGAUCAAACAGGUUAUAUAAAAGAAAGGUUUAUUGGUGAAAAUAUCAGAACUAUUUCAGACCUUAUUGCAUAUACAAAUUUGAAAAAUAUCCCAGGCUUGAUUUUACUAGUAGACUUUGAAAAAGCUUUUGAUACAGUUGAGUGGUAUUACUUAGAAAAAGUUCUUAGUAUAUUUGGGUUUGGAAAUAGUUUUAAGUCAUGGGUCAAAAUUUUAUAUACUGAUAUUUCUAGCUGUAUAAUUAAUGAUGGAUACACCUCAAAUUUUUUCAAUUUAAGUAGAGGAGUAAGACAAGGCUGCCCUCUAUCACCAUACUUAUUCGUAUUAUGUGUAGAAAUUUUAGCAAUAGCAAUAAGACAAAAUAAAAACAUAAGAGGUAUCAAAAUAGGUGAAACUGAAUUUAAAAUCAGUCAACUUGCUGAUGAUACAACUUGUUUUCUUAGUGAUGAAGAGUCAGGUUAUGAAGUUCUCAACAUUAUGCAAAGGUUUUAUAAAUUAUCUGGACUAAAAAUAAAUUUGAAUAAAACAGAAGCAAUCUGGAUAGGAUCGAAAAGAAAUUAUA